AUGAGCAGUAUCAAAUCAGCUGAUGUAAGAGCCUUGCUCUUUGAUAUGGAUGGAACCUUACUCGAUUCUACUCCUGCUGUAGAAGCUACCUGGGCUUAUUUCGCCAAAGAAUAUGAUCUUGACCUACACGAAGUUCUGAGAACUUCUCACGGUGUAAGGACGAUAGAUAACAUGAAGAAUUGGUGUGGUAUCACUGAUCCUGUCGAAUUAAGGGACGCAGUAGAAUUGUUCGAAGGAAUGAUAGUUAAAGAAGCUCAGGAGCUUCAGGCCGCUGGAAAAGAAGGUUUGGUAGCUUUACCCAACGUUUUGGAUUUGCUAAAUAAGCUCAACACUUCUUCAACUCCAGUAUGGGCAAUAGUGACUUCAGCUACCAACCUCUACGCAUCAGCAGCGCUUCCCACAGCUGGAAUACCGAAGACACCCAAAUUGAUAACUGCAGACGAUGUCACUAAAGGCAAACCUCAUCCAGAACCAUACUUAGCUGGUGCAAAAUCUCUUGAUGUUGAUGUGAAAGACUGUAUAGUCGUUGAGGAUGCUCCCUCAGGCGUCAAAUCGGGAGUCGCUUCGGGCGCCAAAGUCUUGGCUACAUGUACUUCACAUUCAAGAGAAUCAUUACAAGGUCUAGGUGCUGAAUGGAUAGUUACUGAUUUAUCAAAGGUUACCUUGGAAGUUGAGAAUGGAAGAGUUCAAUUGAAGAUAGAUGAAAGUCCAUGA